GAGGGAACUAUACAAGGAAUUCUGCCAAAUUGCCUUCAGGAUUUCCACAUUUUGCAGCGCGCUUUGCAUUUGAUUGGUGUAUUCACAGAAUGGCAAAGCCAAAGAAGAGUAAUAGACAGCAAAAUGCGAGGUUUUGUAAGUGACUGCAGAAUCACAAGGCGUGCCAUUAAAAGCAAUGGGAAAGAAAGGGGUCAAAAGAGGGAGGCAAACUUCAGGAAGGAAGGAACCAUCACCUUCUCUGAAAACCGAUGAAAAUCCAAGUAAUGACAUACACAAUAAGUACUCAGAAGAUCAAAAUCAGAUGAAAAGGGGUAGAUCAAAGAGGUUGAAAAGGGAAGCAUAUCCUGUUAAGGAAAAUGGAAAAAAAGGCGAGAACGCUGGUAACUCUGGUGAAUUGGUGGAUCAAAAACAACUUUUAGAGUUAAAUAACCGUGAAGUUGAACGUCGAAUUGUUGCCAUCCAAGCAAUUUGUGAUGCACAAAUUGAACAUGUGCUUACCCAAUUGAGAGUGGCACGCUCAAUGUUUUCAAAGGAACAACUUAGUAUGCCACUUCUACAGUUCUUGAAAGAAUACUGCCCAAACACUAUUGCAAUCAAGAACUCAGAGGGGAUUAUUGAGUUUGAAAAAAAUACUCAAAACUAUGAUGUGGAUGGAAGUCAUGUUGGUGAGAAAGAAUGGCGGAAGUCAGUUGGGUGUCAGGGAUCAAUUUCUGUUGAUGACCAAACUGUGAUGCCGACACCUGUUGGUUUUCACUUCACCAGUUCUGCAGUGAAAGAAAAAUUUCUUCGUAGCAUUGGUAUUCAUGUUUCCAACCUGGCUUUUGAAGAGAAUUCUGAAAUCAAAAUAAUUGAUGGAGAAAAUUCAUUUGAGACUCCUAACACGGAUUGCAAAACUAGGUCAAGCAUUGGCAUCACACCUAAAACCCAAAGGCUUCCUAAACGAGGUGAAAUGCUGCUUUCAGUCCAUGGCUCUCCUCUUGUGGUAUAUUGCGAAGAUAAGAUGGACACAAUUAGUGAAGCUGACAAGGAGCCUUAGCAUCAAUCUUAUGUCACUUGAAAUAUUUUAUUUUAUACGGAUAUUUAUGAUGCAUAACAAGGGAGCUUGAUAUCUAAGGUUUAACUCACAAUGAGAUAAAUAUGCUCAGGACAUGUCAAGUUGACACUGUCAUCAUGUUUACGAACAGAGAAAGAUGACAUUUACAUACUUUCUGUGUUGUAUAGUAUGGCUUACCUUUUUACAUUUGGCCAGUUCCUUAACAGAGAUGUAUCUAUGUUUCAAGAUGGACAGUUAUGUCAUACAAUAGAGGUUAACAUGUCAAAUAAUUUUUAUGGUUAUGUUCAAAUGGUUAAACUC